AUGGUAACAGCGCUGGACCACUACUACCAUGAUGUGAGAGACAAGCAAGGACGACCAACAGCAGCAGCUACCAACAACAACAAGGCAUUAUCAGGCCGUUACAUUAUCGAGUUUGACGAAAACUAUCAAGGGACAGCAACACGUUUUGUUCAAGAACUAGAGCACGAACAUGACCAUAUCAGAUGGAAGGUGGCGCAUGAUUAUGAUACCGAGUCUAUCUUUCGGGGAAUUUCUGUUGAGCUCAAACAAAAUAAUAACUUGCAUGCAGCUGCCAAUGGCAACGCUACCAGCAACACGUUGUUGCCGUCGGAGCAUCAAGUGAUCCAUCAUGUUAUCGAGAAGCAGCAUGUCAAGCGUGUAUUCCCUGUGGUUGAAAUCCAACGACCCACGAUCCAACACUAUAGUCAAAUUGAUCCUGAAGACUUGUUCAUUUCAUCCGAUGUCGUGGGCUUACCGUUUUCGCACAACAUGACCCAAGUGGAUCGCGUCCAUACGGAAUUGGGCUUUUAUGGUGAUGGAAUUACAGUGGGAAUUAUUGAUACAGGCGUGGACUAUUAUCAUCCUGCUCUGGGUGGUGGUUUCGGACCUGGCUAUAAGGGAUAUGAUUUGGUCGGUGACAGGUUUAAUAUAACAGAUCCUUCAAGUGUUGAUCCAAAAGAUACUCCACUGGAUACGUGCACUGACCCCUCAAGUGGGCAUGGUACUCAUGUUACCGGAAUUAUUGGCGCCGAAGAUAAGAAAUAUAAUUUCACGGGCGUGGCUCCUCAUGCCACAUUAGGCAUGUGGCGUAUAUUUGGAUGCACUGGCUCAACGUCAAACGAUCUGGUGAUCAAAGCCAUGAUCAUGGCCUACGAAGCAGGCUGCAAUGUUAUUAAUCUUAGCUUGGGUGGAGCAAACAGCUGGCCUGAAGAUUCAUCCGCCCUGGUAGCGGAUCGUAUUUCAAGAAGAAAUGUCACGAUGGUCAUUGCAGCGGGUAACGAAGGCAGAAGUGGUGCUUUCAUGAUAUCUUCUCCCAGCACUGGUAACGAUGUAAUUUCGGUCGCUUCUGUUGACAACGACUAUAGCUUGCAGCGAACGUUAUUUGUCGACUCGACUGGAGCCAAGUUCCCGUACGAACUAUCCAGUACCACCGACGAAAUCGCCAAUGGCACGCUGGUUGUCUACAGCAACAAUUCAGACGAGACUGAAAAUGACGGCUGUCCAGACACGACGCCAGACACUGAUUUGACCGGUCACAUUGUUCUUGUAAAACGCGGCACGUGCGAAUUCGAUCUAAAGGCGAGACAUAUAGCCGAGGCUGGCGCUACCGCAAUGCUUGUCUAUGACAAGGAAGGAGUCGAUGUGUUCAAGCCGACCACUCAAUCAGCGCCUAUUCCUGUUGCUGCCGUUUCUCAUGAAACUGGACUUGCUUUAAUUGCGCAACAACAACAACCGGUUUCGAUUACGUUCAGUGACAUGUUACAUCAAGUACCGAUCAGUACUGCGGGCUUGAUCUCUCAAUUUUCGAGCACAGGGCCUACUUUUGAAAUGGGCAUGAAGCCAGACGUGGCUGGUGUCGGUGGCUUUAUCUUUUCUACGCUUCCCACGAACCGAGGUAGCUAUGGUAUCUUGUCAGGCACGUCCAUGGCUUCGCCCUAUGUUGCUGGUGUCUGUGCGCUUUAUUUACAAGCACAUGGUGCGACACGCGAUCCAUUGUUUGUGCGGGAUCAAUUACAGAAUUAUGCGGUGGAGGUACGAGCAACUGGUAAUCAUGAUUCCAUUCCGCUUGACAAUCCUGUACGACAAGGUGCAGGUCUUGUACAAGCAUAUGAUACGAUCCAAGGAGGUAUUCAUAUCAGUCCCGGAAAAAUCAGUUUUAACGAUACUGUUCGUUAUGCGCCACGGACAGUGACCAUCACCAAUAUGCAUGACUACGCCGUGACCUUGACGCUCGAAAACAUUCCCGGCGUUCCUGUCGAACCCUACGAUACGGCACGCUAUGGAUUCGCUCUUGUUGAACCUGCACCUAGCAACACCACCCUCACAGCCGACCUUUCAUUUGACAAGAGUAUCACAUUGGAUGCGGGAGAAUCUCGACAAAUGACUGUGUCUGUCAAUGGUUUCAAUCAAGAACCAAGUCCAGAUAAGCCGUAUCCAUUUUAUGGCGGUCAUAUUCGGCUUACGGAUGCUCAAGAAACAUCCAGCGGAACAGUCCAGUUCCCAUACAUGGGCGUUAUAGGCAAUGUGACAGAAAUACCUAUUUUCGACCAUGGCUUCCCAUUCAUUACCAAUAACCAAGAGCUAUCUUCUUUACAUUCCCUUGAAAGCCUACAAGAUGCUGGUAAUCGCACCCGUGGAGGACAGGACUCUGAUGAUGACAAUGAUGGCAGUGAUGGUUUUACGGAAUACAUCAUUACGCGAUCACCCAACCAAGACGGCCAAGAGUCUUCUGUACUUGUCGUUAUGCGCUUCUUGAUGGGGACAGCACAUCUUGAGGCUCAAGUGCUGAAUUCAGAGCAGGCAGCAAUUGGCGCAGCGUACACGAUUAACCACGUGCAGCGAAACACAAUGGAUGAUACGAGCAUGGUCGUUGUGGAUUCCUGGAACGGCACAUAUAUUCCAAACACGUUCGAUAAUGAGCAACGUCAAGUCCCGGUGGAAAACGGAACGUACUAUUUGCGUUGGCGAGCAUUGCGACUAUUUGCUGAUCCGCUCAAUCCAAAUAGUUGGGAGAGCAUCACAUCUAAACGCAUCAUUGUAAACUAGCCACUAUAGCAACAUAGAGAGAUAACAUAGAUAGUUGAUGUUUUAUUCUUGUUCUUCUCGAUAAUGUCAUGCAUAGUAUCAUGACGGAAACGGGUCAUUGUCGUAAUGAUACAUAUGCAUUAUAAACACAUUUACAUGCAUGGUCAUUUGAUCGUAUAUCAUGCUUUAAAUUGUACACAUUUCGUCAUAUCAUAGCGUUUACGUUGUACAACUUAUGACCUGAAAUCGC